AUGUCUGAACCUGGGAAUGAUGAUGAUGAUGAUGAUGAUGAGGAAGAUAGUAGAAAGCUGGACAAGAAGAAGGUUCCCAAGGUCCAUUUGGCCAAGAACAACACAAAGGGUGGAUCCAAGAAUGUGCUGUGCAGGAGAGACCAGCUGCGCUUUCUCAAGCACUGUGAUGCUGCCAGGUUUGUCGAUGGUCUGAAGGAACAGUUGACAGACCUUCAGAUUGGUAUGGCAUUCUACUUGGUGUGUGGCCUGCCACCAUGGCACAAGCUGAGGGAGAUGCGGUGUAGGAACUUGGCUGCUAUGAAGCUGAGACUCAAGGAAGCACAUGAGAGAUUCACUGCAAGAGUUGGAGACAGAAUGGCUGAAGUGAAUGAGGACCUUUCCAACAUAGAAGCUGUGGCAGAGAAGUAUGGAUGGGCUGAAGUGGUGGAUGGCAAGCUUCCUGGCCAGGUGGGACCUGGUGGCUACCAGAAUGCAGAGAACAGGCCAUUGUACUUUGUGGAGAUCUCAAAGGUUGGGGACACAUGGUUGAAGUGCAGGGAUGGUGGAAGGCCCAGGAUGGUCAUACCACAUGGUGUGCCUGCAUGUUGGACUUAUACUACAACUCCAGACAGGUGUGUUGCCUGA